AUUUCAGUCUGAAGUCUGAACUCAAAUUUAAAUUCAAGGAAAAAAUAUUUUUAUUCACAAAAUUGCAUUUUCAUGUUCAUCGUUUAAACAAAACAAAAAAAAAACAAUCUUAAGAUAACAAAGAACUAAGAAAAAAUGUUUAAACUUCUUGCUGGAAUUCACAUUCAAGAUAAACCAAAUGAAUUUAUUCACCUCGAUAAUAUUGACUUGGAUCAAUCUGUUUUAUAUCUCAAAACAGAGAUUGGCAAAAAAAUUGAUAUGCCUCCAGAAUCCCUUGAAGUUGUACACUAUGGACUAAUUUUAAAAGAUGAUGAAUCAAUUUCUGACAUUGAUCCCUAUGCCACUGUACAUGUUUUCAAGAAAACCAAAAGAUGCGAACCCUAUGUUCCCAAUUUGCCUGAAGAUUAUGAAAAUGAAGUUCAUUCACUUUUCAAUGUUAUAUCGAACAUUCAAAUCAAUGUCAACUCCAGGGUAAAUAUAUUACAAAAGAUUCUUGCUGAAUAUCCGGAAUUUCGUAGAAAUCUAGGAGCUCAGGCAUUAAUUAGAGAUUCGGUUCUAUUUAAUACACUGCAUCAACCUGAGGUUGUUAAAAAUAUCGCCGAAAAAUAUCCAAUUAUUUGUGAAGCAGCUGCGUUUAUUGUGGAAACAGUUAAGAAAGAAUUGGCACGUAAUUCGAAUUAUAUUGCUGAAAUAGUAUCGGACACAACUACCAGCUCUGAAGAAGAGAACUCUGGUACACCUGCUAAUCAAUCGGAGCAAGCUCGCAUUCGUCGUAUAAGUCGUCAUCAAUUAGCAGCGGCAUUGCAACAAGCCGGAACUACAUCUAUGAACUCUUUGUCUGACAUUGCACAGCGAAAUACGGGCGCUACCGAUUCCGGUUCGGGCACAAAUCCUCAAACACCACAAGCACCUGCUGGAGGACGCAUUUUAUCUUCUACUUUUAGCAAUGCACUUGCAAGAGCCCUUGGUGCCUUAGGAGCCAAUAAUGCCAACUCCAGUAACUCCACAGAAACCCCUGAAGGAAGCAACAAUGAGGCAAUGCAAUGGAUGGACAGCGAUCCCUUGGAUGUUCCCUCUCCCAGUGAUGAUAUCAAUGAUUUACCAGCAAGGUAUCGUGAACAUCAAUAUGCCGAUCAGUUGCGCUUAAUGAGCCAAAUGGGAUUCACAAACUACGCAGAGAACAUCAGUUAUCUAACCAUUACCAAUGGAAAUGUUGAAAAUGCUGUCAAUCUUAUCAUGGGUACCCAGGAUACUCGUUGAAAUCAUUACACACAAAUAUUGUAAUGCUUAGUAUUUAUUUUUCUCAGUAAUAAUAAAUUAAUAGAUACAUUUCAUCAUAAA